GCAGACCCCUGUGUCAGCUUCAGCCUUGCCUUCCCGGCCUUGCUUUUUAAUUCCCGAUUCGACAUACGCUUUAAACCCUGUACUUUGUCCACGACAGCAACUUUAGGUCGAUAACUCCUUCUAGAAAAUGACAUGAGAAGUCCUUCCCACUUUCAAUCCCACUUUCUUGGUCUACCGUCGCCAUGCCCAUCCCGUUCUUGACCGAGGUUUUAUUCAAUGGCCCUCCAAAAUGGAUGCCAGACCCCUGGAUUCUAUUCGCCGUGGGCACCACCGGAGCGCUGCUAUAUAUUCUCAAAGUCUACUGCAGCGGCUAUCUGAAUCCUGCUGAGAGAGACAUGCAUGGCAGGGUCAUCAUGGUAACAGGAGGGACGUCUGGUAUCGGCGCCGCAGCAGUUGAGUCACUAGCCACCAGUGGAGCGCAAAUUGUCCUACUCACCCGCCUCCCGCCGUCCGAUGCCUUCCUUGCCGACUACAUUGGCGAAAUGCGCAAGCGCACCAACAACGAGAUGAUCUACGCUGAGCAGGUCGACCUCUCUUCCUUGUACAGCAUACGGCAGUUUGCAACCAAGUGGAUCGACAAUGCACCCCCGCGCCGACUCGAUAUGAUCAUUUUGUGUGCGGCGACACUCACCCCGCCCGGCGGGAAACGUACGCGGACGGCCGAGGGAAUAGAGGAGAUGUGGAUGGUGAACUACCUCGCCAACUUCCAUCUACUCGGCAUACUGAGUCCUGCCAUUCGAGCCCAGCCCUUCGACCGAGAUGUGCGGGUCAUCAUGACGACCUGCUCUUCCUAUAUAUCAUCCCCAUUGCUCGGCGAGGAUCUCGAUAAGAAGAAAUGGACGCCUCGCAAAGCAUACGCCAGAAGCAAGUUGGCAUUGAUGGUAUUUGGCCAAGCUUUUCAGAAGCACUUAGAUGCGUACAAAAGGCCCGACGGACUACCUAUGAACUCCAGGGUCAUUUUUGUGGAUCCGAGUUUCUCACGAACGCCAGGCAUGCGGCGGUGGUUAACCCGCGGCACGGUCUGGGGCUUGUUCGUCUACGUAAGCGUUUACUUUCUCCCAUGGUUGUUCCUCAAGAGCGCAGAGAUGGGAGCCCAGUCCAUUUUAUUCGCGGCUAUGGAGCAAAAUUUGGCAAGAGGGCCAGGUGGCAAGUUCGUCAAGGAGUGCCAAGAAGUGGACUUCGCCAGAACUGAUGUCAAAGACGAAGCCGUCGCGAAGAAACUUUGGGAGGUUAGCGAUAAACUGAUUGAGAAGACGGAGAAAGAACAGGCAGCUUUGAGGGUGAUCGAGAAGAAGGCUCAGGAGGCGGCUGAGAAGGAGAAGAAAGAUGCCGAGAAGGCAAAAGAGUUGCAAUCAUUAGUCGACGCUAUCAAGAAGGGCAAGGAGAACGAGAAGACCAAAUCGAGGAGGAAGGGAAAGAAGGCCGCGGCCUCUUGAGUGGAUUAGGGUCACGUUUUGCCAAAUGAAAAUACAUAAAGGUGCCAGCUAAUAUACUCCAGCAUUGGUGCCAGGGGGUUUGUAGAACUGCUCUUCUCAGCCUCGUCGGCUAGCGGCUAUGUCGAGUUGAGUUCCGGCUGAUCCGCCGAAACUUUAGAAAAUGCCUAGGGAAAGCGGCCCACUUUCCCCGAUCUCUGUAAUGAGGUCGGACCCUGUCCGAGGGACAUAGGGGACUAUCCGCGUCGGUUAACGCCGCUAACGGAAAGUGGCAUCUGGAUUGGAGCAAUCUGCCAGUACAGUAGAAGUCAAUUGAAAUCCUCA